AUGAAUCUUGUAGAAUAUGAGGUCAAGGGGAUUUCUUGUCAGACUCUUCUUGCUCCUGAAGGGUGGACAUUGUGUGAACACCAUGAUGUUUCACAGGGUUUCUCGUUUAACGUAGCACACUUUGAACGUCUUGACGCUUCAGGGGAUUCUCUGUUCAUUGCGGAGCAUUUUUUUCCACGCACUGCGGCAACAGAAGUAUCUUCACUGCAAGAGCGGCUGCAGCAACAGUUACUUUCAUCAUCAUCAUCAUCUUCUUCUUCUUCAUUCCAUCCGCAAGGUGAACAAUCACCAAUGUGUGUUGUUUGGGAAGUAGAAAAGCUUCAUGAUAAAAAAGCCUCGUCCCGCACUCCACUGGCAGCGUUACUGGAUCACUCUGUGUUGUUGAUUGGUGUGGUUCUCUGUGUAGCAGACGAUAAGUCUAUGGAUAUAACGCAGGUUUUUGAACGUAUUGUUGAGUAUGUGAAGAAGCGCUACGUAUUCUGUUUAAAUGAAGUGAUAGAUAAUAAUACCCCUUAUCUGGCUGUAGUUGAGGGUGUGUAUACAUCACGUGGGUGCUGUGUAGUUCAAUUAGCUCAACAUCUCACUUCUACCACACUAUGGAAUCCAAGGUUGUGUGAAUUGGGUGAAUGGCUGCAAAAGGAAGUGGCAAAGGAACUUCAUCUUUUAGUUGAAGGUUUGUGUGUGACUGUGCAGAUGGGUAUUCCCAUUGUGGUGGUACUCUUACCACUUGAGCCAGGGAUUUGCCUUGUUGGCCACACUGCAGUGGAGCAGGAGUGGGAAAAACACGUUCAAUCUGGUGGGUGGCAAUGUGUGAAGUUGAUGCAUGAGCAAACCCUCCUUUUUGAUGCGGUGGAAUCAUCAACAACAACAACAACAACUUGUGUGACUCCACGCCGUACAUUAUAUUUUCUUUCAAAGGGGAAUGACAAUAAAGAAGGAGUGAUUGCGUGCAUCACAGCUCCACGAGUGGGUAGUGAUUGCUGUGUGGUGUUGUUGACUCCAGCCUCAGAGAAUGAGAAUGAGAAAGAGGUAAAGGAAGAGGUAUCUGCUAUUGAUUCUACUGUUAGUACAACGAAUUUCAAGGAGGAUGUACAUGCCUAUCGAUCUCAGUGCGAGUGGUUACUUUCCUCAUUUUAUUUAUCUAUUGCCACUACUAAUUCCUGGUCAAAAUUGGGUGUGGGUAAAAAAUCAGGUUUUUUUUACCGACAGGGACAUCUCGUUGUUCUUCUACCUUCCUCAUCAGAUGCAUACACUAACGUAGUUGUUUCUCCUGCUCUGGCCUUUAGUACUAUCUCACUGGGUUCCGUUACCAUUACAGCGGAAGACACCAAACAAGAAUUAACUCGCCAAAUAACAGUUGUACUUUUAAAGGAAUUUCGGUCUGCUGAAGAUUAUGUGAACUACAUCAUUGGAGAGCACCUGUAUGAUGUGCCACUAGAUAAAAAAACAGCUGUAUUCCGUAAACAAAAGGUACAAGAAGAGGUAAUACCCUCCUUAAGACAGAAACUGAUAAAAGGAGAGGUACAUUCGGUAUGGAUUCGUCUUGGAGAGUCUGGGGCUGUCUAUUAUGUGGUACGUGAAUGUGGUGUUGGUCGUUUACUAGUUAUCCACACAAGUGUAUUGGGAAAUGAUAUUGACGAUGUUUCUGCAGAGGACUGGGAGCAUUGGGUUUCUGGUAUUAGUGCUGCAGCUAUUGAUUAA